AUGGGUGAAGGUUUUAUGAUAGAAAACAGCACCCAACCCAUCAACUCCAAGCAGUUUGCUGCAGGAUGUGUUGGGCUGGGCGCCUUCCUUGGAGGUGAGAUGGAAGAGUUAGAAACCCUGUGGCUGACUGGUAUUUGCCACAAUGAGAAGAAUGAAGUCAUGAGCAGCCAGCUGGAUAUUGACAACAUGGCAGGAGUGUUUUACAUGCUUGCAGCAGCCAUGGCACUCAGUUUAAUUACCUUUGUCUGGGAGCAUUUAUUUUACUGGAAGCUUAGAUUCUGCUUCACUGGAAUCUGUUCUGAUAGACCAGGAUUAUUGUUCUCAAUCAGCAGGGGUAUUUAUAGCUGCAUUCAUGGAGUACACAUUGAAGAAAAAAAGAAGUCCCCUGACUUUACUUUGACCAAUUCCCAAACUAACAUGUUAAAACUACUACGAACAGCGAAAAAUAUGACCAAUAUAAAUCCUUCAAGAAUUAACUCCCCCAAAAGAACAGCUGAUUUUAUUCAGAGGGGUUCCUUGAUUAUGGACAUGGUCAUGGAUAAGGGAAACCUGAUCUUUUCUGAUAACAGAUCCUUUCAGACAAAGGACAACUUUUUUGGUGAAAACAUGAAUGAACUGCAGACACUUCCUGGCAAUCGACACAAGGACAAUCUUAACAACUAUGUUUUCCAAGGUCAGCAUCCUCUCACACUGAAUGAGUCCAACCCAAAUACAGUGGAGGUUGCAGUAACAACAGAAGCAAAAGCAAACUCCAGACCCAGGCAACUUUGGAGGAAAUCUGUUGAAUCUUUACGUCAAGAAUCUGUACGUCAGAGUCAAGGUUCCCAGAGGGAAAACGGGUCAGAUGAAAACCGGCAGCUUUCACUGAAAAGCCAAAGAUAUCUUCCUGAAGAGAUUGUCCAUUCAGAUGUAUCAGAGACAUCAAGCCGGGCUACUUGCCAUAUGGAACCUGAAAACAACAAUAAGCACCACAAAACCAAGGACAAUUUUAAAAAAAGAACAGUAGCAUCAAAAUACCCAAAAGACUGUAGUGAAGUGGAACUGACAUAUCUGAAAACCAAACAGAGCUCUCCACGGGAUAAAAUCUACACAAUUGAUGCUGAUAAGGAACCAGGAUUCCGCUUGGACACACCGCAGUAUAUCGAAAACAUUGUCCUUCCAGAAACUAGAGAGUAUCCUGAUGUUUAUCAAGAUCACAAUGACAACUACAGGAAAGCAGAACAUGCUAACAGGACUCCCAUGCAUAACGAAGACAGUCUUCCAAAUAAUGAUCAAUAUAAACUUUAUGCAAAGCACUACAGUUUAAAAGAUAAAAAUGCUUCCCUAGUUGACAUGAAUGAUAGAUACAGACAGAAUUCUACCCACUGUAGGAGCUGUCUUUCCAAUUUGCCCACUUAUGCGGGACAUUAUUCAGGCAGAUCUCCCUACAAAUGUGAUGCAUGCUUGCGGAUGGGGAACCUCUAUGAUAUUGAGGAAGAUCAGAUGCUGCAGGACACAACGAACUUAUCACUUCCUGAAGAAAUAUAUGACCAUAGUUGGUCACAGAAUAAUGCUCUGCAAUAUCAUAAAAAAAAUAAGCUGAGGAUUAGCAGGCAACAUUCGUUUGAUAAUAUUGCUGAUAAGUCCAGGGAAAUUGAUCUUGGAAGACCUUCUCGUAGUAUAAGCUUGAAAGAUAAAGAGAAGUUUCUCCAAAGUAGUCCAUAUGCAAGCAUGUUUAGUGUUCCCUCAAGCAAACUGUUGAGCAACAAAGCCUCACUUUUAACUCAUGCUCUAGAGGACAGUAAGAGGAGCAAGUCCCUGUAUCCCGUUCACUCAGAAGAUAAUCCCUUUCUGCACUCGUAUCGUGAUGACCAGCACUUAUCUCUUAGGCGAAAUCCAGCUGAUCUUUAUAAAUAUUCGUUACCAUCCAGAGGAAGAAAUGAUAAUUAUUUCAGGUCAUCCAUAAAGUCUACAGCAUCAUACUGUUCCAGGGAUGGUCGGAUCCAUAAUGACAUCUGCUGCUAUACUUGAAGAGGAGAAAAGAAUCUUCCUGCAUAAGUGGCCAUCCUUUCUGUACCUUUCUGGAUGGUGCUGGUGACUUGUUACAUUUUCCUGAUUACAGCUCUAGCAGAUUGUUGGUCAUUCCUAUCACCAAGAUUUCCCGUGACUCCAGCUGGAACUGAAUCAGGCUGUAAAUGAUAUGGGCCAUUCUUGGUAGCAUGUCCCGUAGUGUUACACUGCUCCUGGACGACAACUUUUAUGGAGGCAGGAUAUUGAAUUGCUGAGGAGUGGAGUAGGUACAUGGAGGUAAAAACAGCUAUGUAGACAUUCCUGCCUCUUGCUUUUUUCCUCUUUUAAAGACGUUGUAGAAUUUCUCCAUGUUUUUGUCUUCCCCUUUUCACCACAGUGCACUUUCCUUUUCCUUUCGAAUGAAUUUUGUUUUCUGCUUGUGUUUUGUAGAGCAGUGUAGCCACCCACUAACUUAAAAGCAUGGAAAUAAGAUACGUUAAUAUAUAAGAUAAAAUUAAGGAAAUUAAGAGUUCUUUGUAUUUCUGGAAAUUUUCAUUUAAUGUUUUGGCAGCUUUCGCUCAGAAUUCUUUAUUUUGCUACUUUAGAAGCUCAGUUAGGAAAAAAAAGUGCUGUGGACACACUGAAUCCAAAUCACCGCCAGCCCACCGUGUUUUGGCAGCAUCUCAUGAACAUGUCUCUCUCUUUGUGGUCUUUCAGGAACAUUUAGUUAAAUUAAGGGUCACAAUAAAGCUAAGGCAAAUUAGUAGUUGUUUUUUUUUGUUUGUUUGUUUGUUUUUCUCAUGAAAAUGAAUUUUUUUACAUAGUUCCUAAGGUAGCAAAAGCUAGAGGUAUGUAGUGUCUGGGUUUCUCUGCUGGAAGGCUAAGCUCUUUGUGUUGCCGGUGUAGGGAGAGAAAGAGAGAGAAAGCUCCCUCCUGAUGGCAGUCAGAGCACUGGAGGCUUGGAAGCAGUUGUGUUGAUGAUGUGUCUUGAAAGCAUUUAUCCCUCUCUGCAGAAAUUUUAGGAAGCAGGGGCACGAGUCAGAGAUCUCAGUUAGGCGUGCUUAGUAGAGUAGUGGACUAUUUAUCCCAGCCUCAAAAUCUGAUCAGUUGAAUCUGUGAGUGCCAGUUUACACCUUGCAGAUCAUAUAGAUUCCUGUGCUUACUCAAUAUCUGCUAAAGCUGCACCUGUCUGUUGUGGAUUCUGCAGUACUUCCAACCUAAACAGUAUCACUAUUUUCUUUAUACCCUGUGACUAACCGGCAUGAAAUAAAAGUGUUAGCAUCUCUUCCCUGUAGAAUAACUUGCUAUUUUUAUAUUUCUUCUGUGUAGCAUAUGCAUCUUAAGAUACAGUGAUGGGGAAGACUUUAGUACCACUCCUUCCCUUGCUGGGUUCACCAACAAAAAACAGAACAGGAAUUACGAUACAGGUCUUAGAGUCAGGCUGGAUGUAGGAAGAAUUAAAGAGGUUAAUGUUUUUGUUGUUUUACUUUGAAUUUAACGUAUUGUAUAUGAAACCUAGUGAAAACAGAUAUUUUAUUAUAAGGUCCUCUUAGUUAAAAGAGAACAGCAUCCAUUGCGUGGCUUGGGUAGUUUGUGUUAAGUGUUAAUCAUCACAUUCUGUGCUUCUGUCAAAAUGGAGUGUCGUGAAUCCACUUGCUAAACUUUGCCUUUCCCAGCUCUAGCUCUAUUUUAGCUCAAAUAUCUAGCUCUAAUUUUAGCUCAAAUAUCCUUCUGAAGUAGGUGUAUUUCCUGCAUAGAGCAGUCUGGUUUACAACAUAAAAACAGUUUUCUGGUGACAUGCUUAAUUCACUUGUUUUACUGAUGUUAAUUUUUUAAUCAAAACCUUUUUCCUAUUGAGAGUGAAACCUUCGAAUUAGUGCUGAAUGAUCUUCUCAAGGAGUGCAAAGGUCUUUCAAAGUAUGACUCUAUGGUAUGAGCCUGCUCAGUUGAGCCUAUACCACCUUGCUUAAACAUAUUAGCAAAACGCUAGUAGUGAUUGUCAAUAGGAGGGAGCACAGUUUAAUCCCUGCUGUGUACUUAUUUGAGGACAUAAAUGCAAAUAUAGACAGACAACGGUUAUGAUAUAGAAAAGACUCCACCUGUUGUAGCUGAAGUCUCCUGCAGAGCUCUGGUUAAGUUACACAAGAGUAGCCUCAAGACCAUCCUGUUUCUUCCAUCGUUCUGAUUGUGCCGACUUCUCUGUCUCAUGUGCACAUAUUGUACAUAGUGUAAAAUUCUUGUUGACACUCAGCUGUCAUUGUGAAAUUAAUCCCAUUUCCACCUGUUCGCCUUCAUUGCAGUGUAGCAGCAAUGCCUGUGGGAUAUAGAGGUGGUUGUUUGCGUUCACUGGUGUCUGCUCCUCUGUUCAGUGGGAGCAGAAAUUCUGCCUUGCUUCUCUCUGCUCUGCUGGGGGAGGGUUACUGCACUGCUUGUAAAUAAGUCCCUCAAUCAAAUCCAGCUUUUCAUUUAAUUUAAUUUAAUUUUUUGCCCUUCUUCACUAAACCUGCAUAGAGAGUACUUUGUUGAAGAAUAUGCACUCUUUGGAAGUCACGAUUACAAGCAUGCAUCUCCCUGCAGUGCAGCGAGAAUGCACUCUGUUGUCUAUGCAGGUUCAGGAGCUUUUUGGUUACAUCCUGCAGGAUGUAUCUACCUUGGUUAAAAGUGUUCUUAAAAUGAAUGCCAGUCUAAACAGCUGUAAGAAUCCACUGCUGAUUACGUGAUGAUCUUGUCAUACCUAUAAUUUAAGAACCAGAAAUAACAGAAGUAAAAUUAAGUUACUUCAAUAUUUAGCAGGCUUUUGUUGUUUUGCACUUAAGUAUUUUACUCCUUUUCCUCAAUUCUUUACCUGUAUUAAAAUAGUAGAGAAUAUGACUAUGCUGUAAUAUUGUCAUGCAAUAUCUUUAUUAGCAGAUAACCACACUGAAUAGAGUACUACAUAUUUAAAAGAGAUGAUUUUUGACUCUCCCGCUCUUCAGACGUAGUGGUGAUCAGCAGUUAUACUGUUAGACGUUUUAUCCUUUCCCUUUUGUAAUUAGCAUUUGCUUUCACUGAUAUUUCAAAAAUUAUAUUUCUAUGUGCACAUUCUAAACUGUGAAAGUAAAUACCAGUAAAUAUUAUGAUGCUUAUUUACUAUAAACUUCCAAGUGAGAUGAUAAUUUGCCUGGGAAUUAACAAAGGUUUCCUCAUUUCUCACAAAUGGUCCUGAGCUUUAAUGUGGGCAAAUGGUAAUAUUUAUUGUUAUAUGAAAUUUUAAUGGAGAAUGUCUUGUUUUGCACUUCUAGAACUAUUAGAAGAAAUGAUGUGUUUUUCUGAACAAUUGAAUUAUGAUCAUACAUUUUUAAUUUAAGUAUUGUACAUUGCCAUACAUAAGAAUAACCCUUUUGAAGAGCUUUGGGUUAAUUGUCACUACAGGAUUCUUCAGACUGAGAAUAAUUCAUUAAGCCUGUUUUAUAAUGGCAUUUAAAUGGCAAAACACAGUUUGGAAAUAUAUUUUGGCUUCUGUUUCUUAUUGUAUUUGGACUUAUAGUUCUGCAAUUGAAGGCCCUCACAAGGUUCCUGUGCCCUUUGCUUUGGGGAAGGAGACUUCUCUUGUUCAUUGAUGGAACAAUAUUAGAGGAGUCAAAAAAAGAAUUUGGAGUAUGUGUUGGUCAGUAUUUGAAGUGUAAAUUAUGUUCAAAAUGAAAAAAAGGAGGGAAAUUGGAGGUUCACAGUUAUCCACAAUAGGGAAUGGAAUGUGAUGGGCAGCAGAGUGUGGUUUCUAGAAGCUGAUUCUUAAUGAAGGUGAUUUGAAUCCUGCUGGAGAUUAUAAAUCACUGAAAUAAAAAAGAGAGUUUCUUAUUUCUUUUUGUUUUUUAAGCCAAAGUCUUUAUAUUGUCAUACGAGGUUUCACAGGAAAAUGGGCCAAAGAGUACAAUUAAAUAUGCAAAAGGUUAAUCCUAUGGAAAUGGAUAUCCUGUCAUCUUGAUGUGCCAGAGCAUAUCAAUGGUAAUAGGAACAAUGCGUGUAAUUUUCCUGUAUAUUGCUAUGUAGGUUGCACUAUUUUGAAUGAUACAAGCCUGAUAUUUUAAUUACCAAAUACCAGAAGAAAGCUGUUUAUUAAUAGUUUUUAACCUAAAUAUGUAUACAGUAUAAAUACGUGUGCGUGCGUACCCUUUCCCACCCAGUCAUAUAUGAGUAAUCUCCCAAAUGUGGGGCACAUUCCAGCAGUGCUUUAUUGUAAAUGAUUCUCUACUCUUCUUUCCAAACCUCCUAAAGCCACCAGUUCCCUAGCAGCAUUUAUUGUAGUGUUUGAUGCCUAUUGCUGAAGAGGCUGAGGGACUUGCUGGAGAUCAGGAAUACCAGGAUGCGAAAAUAAGUGAGAGUUUCUCUCUGAAAGAGCUGGAAAUGGUACUUGCUGACAUUUCCAUAUAUGCAGGCAUGUCUUCUUAUGCUAUCUUGAGGAUUAAUGACCAGAGACAGUCUAUUGGCCCAGUGGCUCUGAUGUUAAAAGUUUGUGUCAAUUUAUGUGACCCAAACGUGGUCAUUAAAAACAUUAUUUACAGUAGCUGAGGAAGGAUAGUUAAAACCCAAAAUUUCCAGGAAGGAUCAGUGGGUGUGUGUACCAGUGGAGGCCCUUCUAUUCAUCCAUGCAGACUGCAGUUUUCAAAGUGUAUUUUGCACAGAGGCAGUAUUUAGCAGUGAUGCUUGUUAGUAACUUCUCGGUGCGUGGGCUUUUGGCCAUUUUAUUACUAUGUGAAGGUCUUGACAUAGCGAUGGUGAUAUUUGGCUUCUUUUCUAAAUUCAGAAUGCUCUAACCAAAACUUAUGAUAAAAAGUUGCCAUGGAUUCAUUUAUUUGAAGUUAUUCCUGAGCUUUUUUGUCAAAGGGAACGUUGCAUAAUUAGUCAUUUUUUCCACUUAUACAGGGAAGCAGAAAAUUCGGUAUGGUCAGUAUUUCUCUAUGACUCAUUGCAAGUGUGUCCUGGAGAAGGACUUUGUUCCAACUCCUUUGUCUGCAAUAAGAACAAUUUUUGUUAUCUUGUCUUUAUCCAGCCUAGGUCUGGAUUUCUACUAUAGGCAAAACACUAUUUGACUUAGAGAUGUACGAGUGCGUGAUGGGAGAGCACAUUCUUAGUAUGGGUCAUGCUCAGAGUUAAAAUACCAAAACCAAACCUCAUGUUGCAAAGGUAGGGAAGUUGCAUCAUGUAAAAUUGUGUGCAGCUAGAAAAGAAAACUUGUGCAAUUUUUAAUAAGAACUGUUUACAAUUUAUACUUUAUAUCAGCUAUACUAUUUUAAAAUAGUCUUAUUUAUUUCAGAGUGUCCAUUUUGCUCUGAAGAAGAACAGCUUGAUCUCUCUGUCUUCACACCUCACGCCCACAUGCACAGUGUAUUUUGUGUCUUCCCUGAGCAAACCAGAAGGUACAAAUAGAAUUCAUUACCAUUAGGCAGACUCCUACCUGAUUUUUAUCUAAGUAUGCUACUCUUAUGCAAAAUUUGCAUCCAUACAUUCCAGGUUCUUUAGAAGCAUUUCACCUGUGAGCUAAUACUGUUAAUUUUAACUCAUGAGAGUUGAAUUUACACUAAACCGGGCAUUUCAUGCUUUGUUUCAGCCUCUGUAAAGAUGUUUUGCUGACUUAGAUAAAACACAAAUAUUUCUGUGUGCUGCUAAACAAAAAUCACCAGAAAAAUUUUAAAAUUUCAGCUUGCAGUUAAAAAAAUAUGUUUACCUAUUUACUUGAAUAUUGUAAAUGUAAUGUGUUGUUCUGACUAUUCCUUAUAUACAUACAUGUAUAUAUUUAAAAGCUGUAUGUAAGCUUUAUAUAAAUGUAUGUGUAUAAAGGUUUGGGGUUUUUUUUUAGGAAUGAGGGGCAGGAGAAAAAUUCAGCAUUGUGACAAAGAUUCUACAAACAUUUAUUAACAUUUUCCAGUAACAUGCUAUUCUGAGUUUGACUGGAAGUUAUUUGCAGUUGUACUCUGAAAAAAAAAAAGAUUACAUGUAAAAAAAUUACUAUUGAACCUUUGAUCCUAAGGCAUCGAGUUAGUUUUAUGUGUAUCUUGAAAAGAAUUGACACUAUUAGCUCUGUUUUUUUCUCAGAAAGAAAUUAUUUGGUACACUUGGAAAUGUAUUCUUAUUCUGAUGGGGAAAAGACUCCAUGUGUACCAAUUUUGUCUUUUUACAGAAAUCCUGGAACCAUUUGGUUCCAUACACAGUAAAUUAAAAAGCCUAUCACUUCCGCUACUUAGUGCCAUUUACCGUAACAUCCUCAAGAGCAUAGUACUGCAAAGUAAAUUUCAUAAAUUUCCUAUUGCUAGCAAAGAAUAGCAGAGGUUUGAAGACCUCUGUGCACCCAGGGAAAUUAAUCAGGACAUUAGAGUAGAAAUAAAAUUAUCUUGAAAGUGGAAUAAAGGAUGAAAUAAUUCAUUUUUUACAGAAUCCAAAAUUUCACGAUAAAACUCACAGUGCAAUGGAUUCUUCAAAAGGAAAGGUUUUUGGGGAAGAAAGGGAAUAAUUAAAAACUAGUUUUGGCAUUCCAAUUACUGCCUGUUUCAUUAGAUAGGGUUAGCAAACGGAAAUUAAUUUUAAUACGCAGGUGUCUGUGCAGACAAUUUAAACUGCCACGCUAUGGACACAUGCAUACACCCGGCUACCCCUGCACCCAUCUCUCCAUGCCUUUAAAGCCCUGGUUGUAGUAGGAUCUCCCCAACAGCACAUAGUGCUCCCCAAAAGAGCUGGGAGUCGUGCACCUCUCCUGCGUUAUGCGUACCAUCUCACAGCAGUUCUCUCCACCCACCUUUUAACCCAGUGCAUGACUGAGUGCUAAUACUGUAUAAAUAUUUUGAAACAUAUCUAAAACAGAUGUUUGCUUCAAACUUUUUAUGAUAGAGAAAUAUAUAAUGAUUAUGGUUGUCAUACAGAAUUGUAUUGUGUUCUUCAUUUUUGUUAAAUAUGUAGAAAAAACAUUAAGGGAAUGGGAGACUCGAAUGUCUGUGUGUACCGUAAUGUAUAUAACUAUUUGGAGAAAACACACGUGCCAAGUAUAACAUGAUGUAAAAAAUGUAAAUAUAUGAAAAAUUCAUUUUUCUAAUAAAGAUAAUUUCUGCCAGUUGAUAUGAAAAUGAACAAUGGAAUCAUUCU